AUGAUGGCCGCCGAAAACAGCCAAUCGCCCAAGUCUACACCUGGCCCCUCCGAUGACAACGGCGCACCGACCGCGCCGGGCUCCGCAGCCAACGAGGAAGCCGACAUCACAGGACACCAUGAUGACAGUACGGUCAGCGCUGCCUGCCUAGCGCCGGCGCCCCUGAAGGCGGCCGGGACUGUAUCGGAGCGUCAACCGACCUUUAAAGACUUCCUCCGUGUUUUCUCAUAUGCCAACAAAGUUGACUGGUUCCUGAUGGUGGCUGCCUGCGUAUCCUCCAUCGGCUCUGGCAUCACCCUUCCUCUUAUGAACGUCGUCUUUGGCAAGUUGGUCGGAAACUUUAGUACCUCUCCUCGUGACAGCUCCGACGCCGAAUCAUUCCAAAACGGUCUCAACAGACAGUCCCUAUACAUCUUCAUUCUGUUCCUGGCCCGGUUCAUUCUUAACUACAUCAACAAGUUCUCCUUUCGCAUGAUCAGUGCUCGCAUGUCAGCCGCCAUCCGCCUCGAUUAUCUCUGCUGCCUCUUCGGCCAGACCAUCCAUGUCCUGGACUCCAUGCCUUCUGGGGCCGCGGCGAACACCAUUACCACCACUGCCAAUACUCUGCAGCUAGGAAUUUCUGAGAAUCUUGGCACAUUCAUUGAAUUCGCUGCCUGCAUUCUCGCAUCUAUAAUUGUCGCCUUUACGUACAGCUGGCUACUUACUCUAGUCAUUUCGUCCGUUCUGGUCUACAUCCUUGUCGUCGUCUCUAUUGUUUUGCCUUAUGUUGUCAAAUCCGAGGCUAGUUUGACACGUGCUGAAACGGUUGCCAAUUCCAUUGCCUCCGAAUCCUUUGGCAACAUCCGCAUGCUGAUGGCCUGUGGCGCCGAAGACAAGAUGGCCCGCAAGUAUGGCGAGUGGGUUCAAGUAGCCCGAAAACAUGGCCAACACAUGGCGCCCUUCUUGGCUUCCAUGUUUGGCAACGUCUUCUUCUCGCUGUACGGUGGCUUUGCAUUGGCCUUUUGGUUCGGUAUGAGGCUGUUCCGUGAGGGCCGCAUUCACGACGUUGGCACUGUCAUUGUGGUUGUCAUGUCUGUAAUCACUACCAUUGUCUCCAUGGAGCGCGUCGCCACGCCGCUGAUUGCUGCGUCUAAAGCUAUGGUGGCAGCUGGGGAGUUUUUCGCAGUCAUCGACGCACCACGGGCCGUCUCCGGACGGCUUGCCGAACCCGACGUGUUUGCCACCGAGGACAUCGUUUUUUCGGACGUCGACUUUGCUUAUCCAGGCCGCCCGCACGUCAAAGUGCUUGAUGGCCUGAACAUUCGCAUUGCUGCAGGUAAAGUCAAUGCCAUUGUAGGGCCCUCUGGCUCUGGCAAGAGCACCAUUAUUGGUCUCAUUGAGCGAUGGUAUAGUCUGCGGAAUGACCAGCACGUUAUCGAAAAGGUGGCCCAAAAAGACAAGAAAAAGGAAGCUGAAGAAAAAGAGCUCGAGAAUCAGGUCAAAAAAGACGCCAAGAACAAAAAGAAACAACGAGAGGAAAAGUGCAAUGCGACUACGGAUACCAACAACAAGAGUGGCCGAUCGGUCGGAGAUGCCAAAACCGACCCCGUCGCCGCUGACCUUCCCCGAAUCGAGCUUAAAGGUUCCGUUUCCACUUGUGCACACAGCCUUGACGAGAUCGAUGUCAAGUGGUGGCGCUCACAAAUUGGCCUAGUGCAGCAGGAGCCCUUUUUAUUUAAUGACUCCAUUUUCAACAACGUGGCCUUUGGCCUGGUUGGGUCGCCAUAUGAAAAUGCAACUGAUGACGAGAAACGGGCGCUGGUUGAAGAGUCCUGCAAAGAAGCCUUCGCUGAUGAAUUUAUUAACCGUCUCCCAGAGCGUUACCAAACGCGGGUGGGCGAGUCGGGUGCCAAGCUGUCCGGAGGUCAGCGCCAGCGCAUAGCCAUCGCCCGGAGUAUCGUCAAAAAGCCGAAAAUUCUUAUUUUGGACGAGGCCACCUCAGCCAUUGAUGUGCGCAGCGAGCGCGUUGUCCAGGCCGCGCUCGACAAAGUGUCCCGCAACCGCACAACCAUCACCGUUGCUCACCGACUGUCGACCAUCAAAUCGGCAGACAAAAUUAUCGUGCUCCAAAAAGGCCAGUGUGUCGAGGAAGGCACACACGAGCGUCUCUUGGAAAAUCAAAACGGUGUUUAUCAUCGACUUGUGACUGCACAGCAGCUAUCGCUUGGUGACGAUAUUGCCACCACUAAGAAGGAAAUCACUGUGAGCGACGGUGAUGACACAGGCGCAGUAGUUAAUGAUAAACAUGGCCAUGCGGGCGGUGAUGAAACGGCCGCAAGCGACAAUUCAAACGAUAUAUUGGACAGCGCUGACAAUGCGCCACCCGUCGGAGCAGUUGGACCCCUGGGUGCUGCGUGGAGAGACACAAACUUCUUUGGUAGCUUUGGCCGACUGCUCUACGAGCAGCGGUCUGGUUUUCCAUACUACGCUGCAUUGGUCUUAUUUGCUGCUGGCGCUGCUUCGUCAUCUCCGUUGCAAGCUUUUCUCUUCGCCAAGUUGGUUGUCAUUUUCGGCGAGCUAAACUUAAUCGUCGAUGGCAAUACAGGCCUCACUAUGGACCAGGUAAGCCACGACGGCAACUUCAACUCGCUCAUGUUCUUCGUGUUGGCUAUCGGGACCGGUGUUGCUUAUUUCGGACUUGGCUUUGUAGCUACAUUCGUGGAACACUUUAUUUGCGCUAUCUACCGAGAGCAGUACUUCGUUUCCAUCGUCCAGCAGCGCAUUGCUUUCUUCGACAACGAAAAAAACGCAUCGGGAACCCUGACGAACCACGUUGGUGGUGAUCCAAAACAACUGCGACAGCUGCUUGGAGGUAACAUGUCCAUGGCUGCGACAUCCGUUUUCACCAUCGUGGGUUCACUUAUCAUCUCGUUCGUCUUCGGCUGGAAACUGGCCUUGCUUGCCUUUGCUGUUGUUGUCCCGCUGGUGCUUAUAUCUGGAUUCUAUCGCGUGCGGUAUGAAAUCGAGUUCGAAAGCAUGAAUGCCGCUGUGUUUGCGGAGAGCUCUAAGUGGGCGGCCGAAAGUAUUGAUGCCUUCCGAACUGUCACAGCACUUACCCUUGAGGAGGUGAUCUGCAAGCGGUAUGAGGUUCUACUUGCUGAGCAUGUAAACGACGCGUUCAAGAAGGCACGUUUCAAAACUCUCAUAUUCGCCUUGAGUAACUCCAUCUCGCUUGCUUGCCAGGCCCUUGUUUUCUGGUAUGGUGGCCAUCUCAUAUCGACUGGUGAAUAUUCGGCUACAGGCUUUUUCGUUUGUUACAUGGCUGCAAUCCAAGGCGCGGAGUCCGCUGGCCAGGGCCUAAGCUUUCUUCCAAAUGCCGCUCAGGUCACGUCUGCAGCUAAUCGAAUUCUCGGAAUACGGGAGACGAAGAGCGUCGACCAGGUGCCUCUGACAGAACGCCUACCGGAUACAGAUGCAGCGGACGACGCCCGCAUCGGAAACCGUGGUGCUUGCUUAGAGUUGCGAAAUGUUCACUUCCGUUACCCCACCCGCAACGUGCCCAUCUUCAGCGGACUCAACUUAACAAUAGAACGGGGAAAAUUCACGGCCAUUGUCGGCGCCUCGGGAUCUGGUAAAACAAGUAUUAUCGCCCUGCUCGAGCGUUUUUACGACGUGGAAAAGGGGGGCGUGUUUUGUAACGGACGGGAUAUCACGGAGGUCAACGUCCAGACAUAUCGGAAGCUUUUGUCAUUAGUUGCGCAGGAGCCUGCCCUAUUCCAGGGCACAGUCCGGGAAAAUGUGCUGCUCGGCGUUGAAGAGAACGCCGUAUCAGAAGCCGACAUAGUCCAGGCCUGCCGCGAUGCAUCUAUUCACGAUUUCAUCGUGUCUCUGCCAGAUGGAUACAACACGGACCUUGGUAGCAAAGCAAUCUCGCUAUCGGGCGGUCAAAAACAACGUGUGGCCAUUGCGCGUGCACUCUUGCGCAACCCCCGCGUGCUGUUGCUGGAUGAGGCAACGUCAUCUCUCGACUCAGACACCGAAAAGACGAUUCAGGCCACUUUUGAACGCAUUGCCCAGGGACGCACGACUGUCGCUGUGGCGCAUCGUUUGAGCACCAUCCAAAAGGCAGACGUUAUUUACGUCUUGGGUGAUGGUGAGGUGCUUGAGACGGGCAACCACUCUAGCCUUUUAAGCAAGCGCGGUGUGUAUUGGAGCAUGUGCCAAAGUCAAGCCCUUGAUAAAUAG